AUCUCUUACAACUAUACUUCACUUAAAAAAAAAACACACACACACAAACAUACAAAGAGAAACAUAUUUUUCCUCAAAAACACACACAUAAAAAUGCAAGUAAUUAGCAAACUCGAACAACCCACUUCACCUACAAACUCAAUUGAUGAUUUGAUGCAAAAUAUCACCAAAAUAAUGAAACAAGGUCAAGAAUCAGCUCAACAGAUAAGAAGUUUCUUUCAUGGAAAGCUAGGAUUAUUGAAAGUUGAGGAUGAUAUAGUAUGUGAUGAUAAUAAUCAUCAUCAAAAUGAUGUAAAUCAUCAUUCAUUGGUGACUUUAGAAUCAUUUGAAAAGUGUCUUAAUUUGCUUAAAACUUAUGAUUUUGAUCAUCAGUGUUAUGAUCUUAACAGAAAGCGUAAAAUUAGUCCCAUUCAUGAUCUUAAAUGCCCAAAGUCUGAGGAAAUUAGUGGUGGAACACUUCCUAAAGAAAGAAGGGGAAGCUACAAAAGAAGGAGGACUGGCCAAUCAUGGACUGUAGAGGCUACAAAUCUAACGGAUGAUGGUUAUGCUUGGAGGAAAUAUGGGCAAAAAGAAAUUCUCAACACAAAGUACCCAAGGAAUUACUAUAGGUGCACACACAAGCAUGAUCAAGAAUGCCAAGCAACCAAACAAGUCCAACAAAUUUCAGAAAAUCCCAACAAAUACAACAUCAUAUACCAUGGUACUCACACAUGCAAAAACCACCACAAUAACUCUACAAUCAUAAUGGAAUCUCCAGAAGAAAAUUCCUCUAUCUUUUUGAGUUUUGAGACAAACAACUACACAACAGCCAAACAUGGCCUUAACACUUCCUUAUUCCCAUCAUCAAAUACUAAUACUACUACUAUAAAACAAGAGUACACUUCCAUCAAGGUAGACUCACCUUGUGGACCACAUGAUCUUGAUCAUCAAUUAUCUGGGACCCACAAUCAGUAUUCUUCAUCAUCUGAUGUACCAUCAUGCUCUGAUCUAACAAGCACAGGAUUAUCAUCAACACCUGUUUCUGAUCAAAGUGAUGUAAUCUCUUCAACUGAGAUUUACUCCUCUACACCUACUUCAUGUGAUAUAGGUCAAGAUUAUGCUCAUCUUUUUUUUGAGGAGUAUUAUACUAAUCUAGAAGAAUUGUUUUCAUAUCCAUGAUCAUCAAAUUAAAGUUUAGUACUACUAGUAAAUUUGAGGAUAUAUAUAAUGUAAAUUUAAUUAAGCCACAUUUUACAUAUAUAGCUAUAUAGUUUUUUUUCCUCAAUCAUGUGACCUAAUACAAUGGAGUGGAGAAAAAAUAAGGAGUAUUUAGCUAGUAUAUUGUCUGUGUUAGCUAGUGUAAUAUAUAUUUGUCCCAAUAUAUGUUUUGUUUAGUUGGUUAGGAUUUGAUGUACCCUUUUUUUGAGGUGCUAUGUUACCUAUUUUAAGGUUUUUUUCCAUCAAAUAGGGUAAAGUUAAUAAAAUUGCGAUCAUUUCUCUAGA